UUCCUUCUUUGAGAAAGAUUGCGCCUUUUCUUUUCUCUCUUUCUCUUUCUGUCUUUGCCUUAUCUUCUUCUCCUCGUUUAUUAACUUCCUCGUCUUUUCUUGUUCUUCUUCUUGUUCCUCGUUUUCGUCUUCUUUUUCUUCUGCAUGCUCCUAUGGAUAGUGGCUACUACAAUCAGCAACACCUCCCUCACCUCGACAACAGCAACGAACCACAUUUACCUCCUGGCUUCAGAUUCCAUCCGACAGACGAGGAACUCAUCACAUACUACCUCCUCAAGAAGGUUCUAGACAGUUCCUUCACUGGCCGAGCCAUAGUUGAAGUCGAUCUCAACAAGUGCGAACCAUGGGAGCUUCCUGAGAAAGCAACGAUGGGCGAGAAGGAAUGGUACUUUUAUAGCCUUCGUGACCGGAAGUACCCAACUGGCUUACGCACCAACAGGGCCACGGAGGCUGGUUAUUGGAAAGCCACCGGAAAAGACAGAGAGAUCUAUAGCUCCAAAACCUGUUCCCUCGUUGGAAUGAAGAAAACCCUGGUUUUCUAUAGAGGAAGAGCUCCAAAGGGUGAAAAGAGCAACUGGGUCAUGCAUGAGUAUCGUUUAGAAGGCAAAUUCGCUUACCACUACCUCUCCAGAAGCUCAAAGGAUGAGUGGGUGAUAUCGCGUGUGUUUCAGAAGAACAACACCGGCGGUGCCUCCACUGUGUCAGCCGCCGCAGCCACCGGCAGUUCGAAGAAAACAAGAAUGAGCACAUCGAACACAAGCAGCAACAUGAGCCUCUGCCCGGAACCGGGUUCACCCUGUUCCAUUUACCUCCCACCGCUUCUAGAAUCUUCUCCUUACGCCACCAGCGGCAGCGCCGCUGCAACGUUCAACGACCGCGAAAACUACUCCUUCGAAAGUGCCGCCGCCACCGCCAACCAAAGGGAGCACGUGUCCUGUUUCUCCACCAUGUCCACCGACGCUGCCGCCUUCAACCACCUCGCUCCGCCGCCGGAACCGCCACUCGAUCCUUUCUCCCGCUUUCACAGGAACAAUAUUGGAGUAUCCGCCUUCCCAUGUCUGAGGUCCUUGCACGACAACCUUAACCUCCCCUUCUUUUUCCCUCCCGUGGUCCACGGCGGUUCUGACGUAGCAAACUUUACCGCCAUAGCAAACUUGCCGGCGCCGGAGGAUCCGAGGGUGGCCGACGGCAGUUCUGGCAUGCCGAUUGUACCGUCCGAAUUGGACUGCAUGUGGGGCUAUUGAUUCUGUUUUUUCGUUGACCAUCAUGAAUGUUACUUUAUUAGGCUUUGAAUAUUUCCUCAGGCUAGUAAUCUAUGGUUUUAUUAUUGGGAUCGAACUUUGCAAGGGUUGUUGAUUGUGAUUGUUAGAGUGGUUUUGGUAUUGCGGUUGGGUUGCAUUUAGGUUAAGAACUUACCAGGGUUCAAUGAUUUAAUGACACUGCGAGUUAGUUAAAUUUUGUGUUCAACUUUUUGA